UGGGAAGAAUCCAUAUCCCGUCCCGGUAGAAGCACUCAACAUACAAAAUCUGCAAAAAUCAAAACCAGCCACAGCGAAUUCUCCAAAAUACCCUCACAUUCUUCCUUAAUUCACCUACUUCACAGCCGCUGCACUAUUCCCUUUAGCUCAGGGUUACAUAGUCAAUUCACAUCCAAGUUCCUCUACAAAAAACCAACGCUGCAGAUUUUUCUCCACAACGACAUCGUUUCAACCAGCAUUAGCUCCUCGCCACCGGCCAACGGCGCCGCCGAGAACCGUCUCACCAUUCGAUUUCCAUAAUUGCCCUUUCCCUGGGCUUUCAAAUUCGAUUCCACAAACCCUGAAAAAGCGAAAAACCUUCGAUUUCGAUCGUUAGGGUUUUUCGUUCGAUUUGGGAAUUCUUUUGAGGAUUUAAUGGCGGAUCGCGAGGAAGAGGAUUUGCAAAUGGCGAUUCGGAUGAGCAUGCAGCAGCACUCGCCGCCAGAGCCGAAGCGGAGCAAGCCGAGGGACGCCGUCGCAGGGGCCGUAUCGGGUUUGCCGGAGGAGUCGCCGGAGGCAAAGAGCCGACGGAUGCAACGGGAGCUCAUGGCCGCGGCCGCUGAGAAGCGGAUGAUGGCGAUGGCUGCGACGUCGACGGCGACGGUGAAUAAGAGCGAUUUGCCGACGGCAACGGGAGCGGGUAAAGGCGGGAAGGGCGGUGGUGAUGUGGUGAUGACAGAGGAAAAGGGGAAAGCCGUGCGUUCGGAAGGUGGGAGUGAGAGGUUGAUGAGUAAGGAGCUGUCUGCAGAAGAAGCGAAUGAGUUGUUUGCUCUUGUGUUUGGGAGUGAGGUCUCAAAGGGGAUUCUAGCGCAAUGGUGCAAUCAGGGUAUAAGGUUUAGCUCUGAUCCAGAAACAUCAAUGGGACUAGUGCAGCAUGAAGGUGGGCCAUGUGGCGUUUUGGCAGCUAUACAAGCAUUUGCGCUCAAAUACAUUCUUUUCUUCCGUAAUGAGUUGAAAGAUGCAUUAUUCAUGCCACAGAACCGGGUCUUGAGGGGAUCGUCUUCUAAAAGUCAAUCUGUUCCAUCAAAUGUUUUUUCUUCACUUACUGAAGAUCUAAAAGUAAGUGCCCUUGUAAGAAGCAUGAGUGAAAUAUUGUUCAUGUGUGGAAAUAAUGAAAGGGCUGUGGUUGCAACUCUGAGCAUUCUAGGGAGUGACAUUCAACAUUCUGAAAAUCUUUCUAGGGAUGAGGUAAUUGCAAAAGCACUCGAAGGUCUUUCCAUAGAAUCCGGCUUGGAUCUGCAGAAAGUUCUUAGAAUUGAAACAUACACGUCGCAAGCAACUGCAUUGAAGAGACUUGAAGCAAUGAUUCCAUCAUUCCAAAGCCGUAUGGGGGCACUGCUUUUCCUGAUAUCUGCUUUACUUUCCCGGGGACUGGACUUGGUUCAAGCUGACAGGGAUGAUCCUAGCCUACCGCUAGUUACUGCUCCUUUUGGGCAUGCAUCACAGGAAAUUGUGAAUUUACUGCUGUGUGGACAGGCUGUCCCUAAUGUCUUUGAUGGCAGGAUGGAUUUAGGUGGAGGAAUGUUUCUUAAAGGUAUAUCCCAGUGUGUAGAAGUUGGAUUUCUCACACUGCUAGAAUCCCUUAAUUUCUGCAAGGUGGGUCAGUAUUUGAAAUGCCCAAAGUGGCCUAUAUGGGUUGUUGGGAGUGAAUCCCACUACACAGUACUGUUUGCCCUUGACACAAGUGUUCAAAACGAGAAUGAACUAGAAGAGAGGGAAUCACAGAUACGCAAAGCAUUUGAUGCCCAAGAUCAGAGUGGAGGUGGUGGUUUCAUUAGUGUGGAGGGUUUCCAUCAAGUUCUCAGAGAAACAAAUAUCAAACUCCCACAAGAGAAGCUUGAGCACCUUUGUGGUACAGGCUUCAUUGUAUGGAGUGAGUUUUGGCAAGUAAUUUUGGAUCUUGACAAGAGUUUGGGAGGUUUGAAGGAUUCAUCGGGACUGAUGGGUAAGAAGGUUUUUUAUCUCUACCAUUUUAAUGGGAUUGCUAAGUCAGAUCUAAAUGGCGGUCAAUUAAACUUUAGGGGUGAAACUCCAUUACAAAGACCCAGACUCACGAAAUUGAGAGUUUCGGUUCCUCCAAGAUGGACGCCUGAGGAAUACAUGGCAGAUGUGCCGGUUUCAUCUUCUUCCGGUGCAACUGAAUCUUCUGGGAAAGACACUGAAGUAUCAAAACCCGAGCCUUCUCAGCAUGCACCUUUGGUAGAUUGCAUAAGGACUCGCUGGCCGCGUGCCGUAUGCAGUUGGUCAGGGGAUCCUCCUAGUAUAGUCUGAGGGGUUUAUAUGGGGCCGUUUUCCUGUGGUUUUGUAGAAGCAGAAGAGGGUAAGAAAAACAUGGUUCAACACCUGCUAUGCCGCAAGAUUGAAAAGAAAGAGUUGAGGUUUUCAUAAUUCACUUUGGUGUCGCACUUUAAGGCACCUAAUUUGGUUCGGGUAUCUUAAAUUUUCUCCAAUAUGUGCAAGGCCCUUGUUCAAUGUGGAGCAGUGUAUCCGACAAGAACCUUAGAUUUUGUCAUGUCAUUCAAAAGUUUAGAAGGAAGAGUGGUGUUAUAUUUGUUGUUUAAGCCAAGUUGUAAAGUCCCUUUUAAUGCACACUUGGCCGUCUCAGUUAGAAAGAAUUUAGUUCUUGGGGGGUUAUUGAAUAAACUUGAGUAUCUCUUUGUUACCGUUGAAGUUGUUGUAAUAUUAAUUUUUUUCUUUAUAAAUUUUUAUCGUUAUUGGCUUAUGAAUAGGGGAAUAUUAAUAUUCAUAUUUGUAUUAUACUAAAAAUGCUUGCAUAUAUGAUAUGUAUAUCAAGCAAUGCUUGUUUUGUCA